AUGCCAGUUCCCCCAGGUCUGUCCCCUCAAACACCUGCUCCCCCCAAGUUCGCCAUCCCAGUGAGGAUACUGCCCCACCAGAUCAUAGCCUUUGACGAGCUGAGGACCGACUUCAAGAACCCCAUCGACCAGGGGAACCCAGCGCGGGCACGCGAGCGUUUAAAAAACAUCGAACGUAUCUGCUGCCUCCUGAGGAAGCUGGUGGUCCCAGAAUAUUCCAUCCACGGCCUCUUCUGUCUGAUGUUUCUGUGUGCGGCAGAGUGGGUGACCCUGGGCCUCAACAUUCCCCUCCUCUUCUACCACCUCUGGAGGUACUUCCAUCGCCCUGCGGAUGGCUCUGAGGUCAUGUAUGAUGCAGUCUCCAUCAUGAACGCUGACAUCCUCAACUACUGCCAGAAGGAGUCCUGGUGCAAACUCGCCUUCUACCUGCUCUCCUUCUUCUAUUACCUGUACAGUAUGGUUUAUACACUGGUGAGUUUCUAAGGGGGCAGCCGGCCAGGGAGCGAGCCCAGAACGGACCGGACGCCUGUGCACCCCCAGCCCUGCUCCUCGGCCACAGAGGCCUCCGCCCUGGGGAGGGAAGGGGCACUGGUGCCCCCAGCCUCCUCUUCACCCCCCCAAACUGCUGCUGCGGGGACCUCCCGCCUUCAGAGCCCAAUCCCCUUGGACUAGGGCUGGGCAGAGCUCUACAUAGGGCAGGAGCUCCUCUGCCAGCCUGUGGGCAUGGCAGUCAGUCCUGGAAAGGGUAGAACCUCCGGCCUUGUCCAUUUCAGGGGGGACCUUGGGCCCUGCCAAGGGGCAGGGCUUGACCCUGGAAGUUCUGGGCCACCUCCCUUGAUCCCACUCUGAGGCUCCCCCUGCAGGUGGGGGGGUACCCACACCCAGAAUGAGCAGGCUCAGCAGGGGGGCAGUCCCACCCUUAGUCUGCCCUCUCCCCUCCCCCAGACUCCUUCCUGUCCCCACUUGCUCCAACCCCAGCCCACCCUGUCUCUUGGACCUAUUUUCUAUGUUGCCUGGAGGAGUCCAGCACCCCCUCCCCGGCCAUUUGUGACAAAUAAGAAUAAACUACUGCAAACACA